GCCGUUGAGGUGUUCACGGUGCCCUUCGUUUUUUACUGGUUCUUCCCUUGCUGUUUUUCUAUGUCCAGGAACGGGGAGUUGAACUACCACAGUAGUAAGAUUACCGCAGACUGUAAGUCCAACCCAUUGGUUUUCUUAACUUUCUUUUAUCUUGGAUUGUUUGGUAGUGGAGAAUAAGAUAUUAGGUAUUGUAACCAACGUGUUUCGAGCUGAUUUGAGUUCUUUAAGCAAUCUAUUAAGGGGUGGUUAGAUUAUUGUGCUGAGGGGACGUGCAAUUAAGGCUAAUCGCCCUGCCUCGUGGAUGGAGCUGCCUUACUGAGUUGCCUAUGGUUGACUGUGUUUCUAGAUUCAGUCUUCUUGCCUAUGUAGGGAUGGAAACCAAGCUACCUGUUUUGACAAUUACAGAUAAACCUCUGGUUUAUACUUUCUGCCUUUUGUUUUUUUCCCACUCAUUUCUUUACCUUGCUGCAUUCUUCCUCAGUGAGGAUAUAAAUAACAAGGGUCCCCUGCUUAGCUCCUUGCUUCUAUAAUGGCUUCCUUUUCUUGGCAUUGCUUGGCUUUGGAGCUCUGCUUUGCCAUUAUAGGAGUCGGUCUAUGUAGGGUCUGCUAUGCACGUUUCUAUCCUGCUUCUUUUGUUUUUGGGGAUUCAUUGGUAGAUGCAGGGAACAACAACUUUCUUAUUAGUCUAUCAAAGGCCAAUUAUCUUCCAAAUGGGAUUGAUUUUGGGAUGCCUAGUGGUCGAUAUACCAAUGGAAGAACAAUACCAGAUAUCAUAGGACAGGAGCUCGGAGGGUUACCGGGGUUUUCUCCUCCUUACUUGGAUCCAAGCACCAAGGGAGCUGCAGUGCUACAUGGCGUUAACUAUGCUUCUGGUGGAGGAGGGAUCCUCAAUUUUACCGGCAAAGUCUUUGGCGGUAGACUCAGCUUAGAUGCACAGCUUGACAAUUUAGCCAACACUCAGCAGGAUCUGAUCACGUACGCCGGGAUGGAUGCCACCAGAGAUAUAUUUCAUGACUCCAUUUUCUCUAUAACUAUGGGAGCAAAUGACUUCAUCAACAACUACCUAUUCCCCAUUAAAGAGUUUUCUCUGAGGCCACUUCUAACUCCAGGUCAAUUUACCGAUGCAAUGAUAUCAAAGUACAGGCUUCAAUUAACAAGAUUGCAUGAGAUGGGCGCUAGAAAGAUUAUUGUGGUAAAUGUGGGGCCAAUUGGCUGCAUCCCAUAUCUGAGAGAAUUAUAUUCACCACCAGCAGAUGAAUGUGCUGCUCAGCCAAAUCAACUUGCGCAAAAUUUCAACGUGCUUCUAAGAGGCCUCGUUAGUGAACUGAGUGAAAAUCUACCACAAGCAAAGUUCGUUUAUGCAGAUGUUUACCGAAUUGUGGCAGAUAUUAUUCAGAAUUAUCGGAGUUAUGGAUUUGAGGUUGCAGAUUCUGCCUGCUGCUUUAUGCUUGGGAAGUAUGGUGGUCUAAUCCCUUGCGGUCUAACAUCCAAAGUUUGUCCGGACAGAUCAAAGUAUGUAUUCUGGGAUCCGUAUCAUCCAUCUGAUGCAACAAACCAGAUCAUUGCAAAGCGAUUGCUGGAUGGCGGCCCAGAAGAUAUCUACCCAAUUAAUAUCCGCCAGCUAGCUUCUCUUUGAAAUUUUGGUUCCAUAUUGAACAAUCUAUUCUUUUUUGUGUGGUUAUAGUAACAGGGUGACAUACUGCCCAUUCUGUUCCGGUGGAAAUUCAUCCACCGGAGAAGCUUCAAGGAACCAAACUGAAGCUGAUUUGUCUCGUCUUUAGCUAAGCAUCUAUUGAGAACCUCUUCGCAA